UCUUCUUUAUGCCCAUUGAGCCAUUACAACAUAGAAUAGAAUAGUUCUAUUCUAUUCUCCACGUGUUUUACAUUUGCUUUGUGAUUAUUUUAUAUUUUUAUUAAAAUAUAGUGUUAUAUAAUUUAAAUAUGGGAAGACAGUGCAGUGUUUCCGGUUGUUUAAAUAAACAAUUAAAAGUAAAAAAAGUCACUUUUUUCAAGGCACCAAAAUCUAUUGAUACUAGAAACAAAUGGUCAAGACUUUUGGGUUGUUUAUUAACAGAAAAUUCAUACAUAUGCGAACAACAUUUUCACUCAUCGGAUAUAAAAAGUGCAGAAACUGUAAACGAUGCUGCUGGCAAUGUUUUGUAUAAUUAUCAGUUCAAGAAGAAAAUUUUACUAAAAGAUGCUUUGCCUUUUAAGCAUAAUAAUUCAUCAAUUGAUGAACAUAAAGACGUUGCUACAAAAAUGAUUACACUUGAUUCUAAUGAAAAGACAGAAUCAGAAUUAUGUAAUGAAAACAUGAAUUGUCAUACAGAAUCAUAUAAUGAAAUCGAAAUGGAACAGACAGUCAUGAACUGUCAAGAAGAAUCAUCUAAAUCUAAUCUAAUUAAUCUAAUCAAAGAAAUUGAAAUAAAACAGACAGUGAACAGUUGUAUUACAUCUGAUGAAAUAGAAGACAGUUUAUAUGAUAAAAUUAUAAAACAGGAAGUUGUCAUCAAAUUUCCUAGAUCAGAAUGGGGAGUACAUUGUUGUUUAAGGAAAAAGUUGCUUGUUUUUUCGGUAAUAGAAAUAAUGCCCGAUUCAUGUAGUGGAAAUGUGAUGAUACCAAUAUAUACAAAACAGGUGAUUUUAAAUAGCAACUGUGAAAUAAAAUUACUUUUUUUGGGAAAGAAUUUUGAGAUAGAAUGUGCAAGAAGUAAGCCAAAAUCUGCUCAAGAUAUAGAAAAUUUAAUUGCAGAAAUAGAUGCAUUACAAACUUGUCUCGGGGGUCCAUCCAUAAAAUACUACCGAAAUAUUCGCCCAGAGUGUGCUUAUAGGGAUCAAGUUGCAUGGAGACACAAGAAAUGUCCAAUUAUUGUAACUGCAGGAAGUGUCUGUACUUACUGUGUAUCAUUGCAUAAAACUUUAUCACAAAAUGUAGACUUUCAGAGAAGGAAUAAAUUACGAGUAAGACUACCCGCGUCACCAACAGUAAAAUCCAAAAUACAAAAUCUUUUUAAUCAGAAACGUGUACUGCAGCAGCAGUUAAAUAGAAACCAGAAGAAAUUAAGUAAUCUAUCUGAAGAACUUAAUAAAGUCCACGAACGUCUUUUGAAUAUGAAGUAGAUGACGCUAGAUGAAGAAUUAAGAAAGGUGUCAUCCAAGACCACAAUCCUUCCACACAAUAAGAAAUUUUUCGGAAUGAUUUGUCAAGCUGGUUGCCAGAAUGAUCAUCCAACAUUCCCAACAUUCAUGCAACUGUAUCAUUUAUUAUCAAUAUAUACAAUUUUAAAGCCACCAAAAUUUGGGAAUUGUACAGUUUGCAAUUUAACGGAAGAAGAAAAACCAAAACUAAGUUUGAAAAAAUUUAGACAUAGUUUCAAAGAAAAAAAUAUAUCACACAAACAACAGCAUAUAAACAAUUUUUACAGAAGAAACUAGAUCAUUUAAUUCGAUAUACAAAAUGGGAAUGCGAUGAUGUAAUCGAGGACGAUUGUGGAAUAGAUGACGUAAUGUCGUGUAUAAUAUAUUACAUAACAGGAUACAUAUGUAAGCAAAUGCUAAAAACAAGCAAAUGUGAAAUUUGCAAAAAGGCGUUUUCCUCUUGCUAUGAUAAUUUAAUUGUUGGAUAUAAAGAAACAGACUUGGUAGAUUUAAAGUCUCGGGGUGGACUUAUUCAUCCAAAUAUACAUUUGGUGCGAAUGUUUCAAAAAAUUGAAAUGUAUUUUCAGAAACAUUGA